AUGGCGAGAAGAAUACAAAGCUUUAAGUGUGCUUUGUUGAGCUUAUGGGAUAACCAGAUCAAACGGUUGGAUCAAUUUCAAAUUCCAAUUUUAUUUAUACAGACUCAGCCUGAAGGAAGGGAAGAAGCGAAAUAUGUUCUUAUCGUUGAUAAACAACCGCAAAGAAAGCUUGCUUCUGCUUUCUCCCAUAAAUUAGGUCAUGAACGAACAAUAGCAGUUCAUUUGAAAAGAGAAAGAAAAGCAAAAGUUGUUUCUCAAUGUUCAGUUCAACGAUGUCAUUUCCAUCAUAAAUGUUCCAUUGCACCAUUUUCUGCUUUCUCUAUUCGAAAAUAA